GCAAAUCCACGCCCCCACACACAGUGCUCCCUGGCCCUGAUCGUGAACACGUCUAGUCGAGUUGAGUCUAGUUGCCACAUGUCAUGCCCGUGGCAUUGAACACAGCGAACAGUGUAUUAAUGUAUCAUCGGCUGACUGGUGUGCUACAUGCAUAUGUACAGUACAUGUAUGUGUAUGCGAUGAGUGUUGGCAGUGUGUUGUCUAAAAAUACACCCUAGGAAUUACACACAACGUCUGGGGUUUUCCAGCAUGCUUGUAUGUACAUGUACAUGCUUAAUAACGCUGCGCAUUUCCUGGAUGGUUACGGGUUUUUUGGCCACUCAUGCACGCCGAUCACCAGUUCGACUCCGUCGGCGACAGUACUAAGAGUUAAAAGGCUUCGUCGUUGAGGUGCAUGCGUGGGUCCACACACGUGGAAGCUCUUGAAUUUCACCUGAAAAGAAAUUUGGAAAUAAACCCGAAAUAAUGGCGGACUCGAAGUCGAAACUGCCGUUCGACGCCGAGUAUGCAAAGAGCAACAAAUCGAAGUGCAGACUGUGCCAGGACUUCAUCAUCAAAGAGAAACUCAGGUUGGCCUUGAUGGUGCAGUCCCCAUACUUUGAUGGCAUGCAGCCAAACUGGUACCACUUUGACUGUUUCUGGAAGGUGGUUAAGGGCUCGGUGAAAUCGACAGCCGACAUCGGUCACUUUGACGCCCUUCGUUGGGACGAUCAGGAGAAGAUCAGAGAGCGCAUCAGUGCCAGUGGUACCACAGCAGCCAAGGCUAAAGGGGAGACGCUAGAAGACUUUGCAGUAGAGUAUGCCAAGUCCAACAGGAGUGUCUGUAAGGCAUGCGGAGAGAAGAUUAAUAAGAAUGACGUCCGCAUCAAUUACAAGAGCUCCAUUGCGGCAGCAGCGAAAGGCCUGCCUGGUACCAUGGACACGUGGCACCAUCUGAACUGCUUCGUCAAGCCAGACCUGCUGGCCACCGUCCAAUGGAGAGACACCAACUCUGUGGACAAGAUUGACGGCUACAAGAGACUGAAGACAGAAGACCAAAAACUGAUGAAGGAGAAGUUCCCUACAAAGCGAAAGGCCAGAGCGUCUGUCGAUGAGCCUGAUUCGAAAAAAGCCAAAGUGGUUGACGAGGAGAAGGAAAAACUCAAGGCUCAGAGUAAUUUUGUCUGGAAAAUCAGGGACGAGCUGAAGAAGAGUGUUGCCAUUUCUUCGCUGAAGGAACUGUUGACAGCCAAUGGACUGAGUGUACCAGCUGGUGAAAGCAAAAUCCUUGACCGAGCAGCAGACUGUAUGGCCUUUGGCCCCACCAAGCGGUGCAUGGAAUGCGACAAUGGUCAGUUUGCCCUGACCACAGGUGGCUAUCAGUGCCAGGGUAAUAUGUCCUCGUGGACGAAGUGCACGGUCUUCCUGCAGGAUGUCAAGAGGGGAAAGCUGAUCAUUCCCCAGGACUUGGACGAGGAAUACCUGACAAAAUUCAAGUUCAAGGCCUACAAUGGCGGCAAACGAAUCUUCCCCAAGGAAGAAGCUGGAGCAGGGCCAUCAGGAACUAAAAAGCCCAUCAGAGAUGAUAAGAACCCAUUGCUGAACCUGGACAUAGCCUCGGCCGGGAAGUUGGAUAUCAGCGCCAGUGCAGUGAAGGACGUUGUCAAGAAAUUGGGGGGGACAUACGUAAACAGUGUCUCCCGCUCCACGGCUUGUGUAGUCAGCAAUGCAGAGGAGGUUGACAAAAUGUCCUCCAAGAUCAAAUCGGCCAAGAAGUGCGGGGUGCACGUGGUUGCCCUGGACUUCCUGACGGAAAUCGAGAAAGGGGGUGACGUGGUGCAGCUGAUCCCCAAACAUAGCAUCGCCUCGUGGGGCUCAGACGUUGAAAAAAGGAUUGGCAAAGACGAGACGGACAGCAUGGCGUCUCUUCAGCAAGCCAGCUACAAGAGCUCAGGCUUUGGACGGGCUGCCAACAAGAGUGCUGCCUCCGGCGGUGUCAAGAAGGUACAGUUGAAGGGCGGAGCAGCUGUUGAUCCCGAGUCGGGACUGGAGGACACGGCCCAUGUACUCAAGGAGAGUGGCUUAUUGUUUAGUGCAACAUUGGGAAUGGUGGACGUCACCAGAGGCUCCAACUCUUACUACAAGCUGCAGCUGCUGGAGAGUGACGGGGGAAGCAGGUACUGGGUCUUCAGGUCCUGGGGACGCGUCGGCACAGGUAUUGGAGGUAAAAAGGUGGAGUCGUUUGGAUCCAGGAAAUCUGAUGCCCGCAGAAACUUUGUGGACGUUUACACUGAGAAGACCGGAAACCCUUUUGGCACCAAGAACUUUGAGAAGAUCCCCCAUAGGUUCUACCCACUGGAUAUUGACUAUGGAGAUGACGAUGAGAUUGCAAAGCUCGGAGCCAACACUGAUGUUGAAUCCAAGUUACAUCCACAGAUCCAGAACUUGAUGAAACUCAUCUUCGACAUUGACACUCUAAAGAAGACCAUGGUUGAGUUCGAGAUUGACAUGGACAAGAUGCCUCUGGGGAAAUUAUCUCGCAGCCAGAUACAAAAUGCCUAUUCCGUCCUGACGGAGCUUCAAACACUGAUUGAGGCAGGCAACGCCAGCAGGAAUGCCAUGCUAGAUGCUACCAACAGGUUCUUCACCCUCAUACCCCAUAACUUUGGUUUCAACUCCAUUCCCUUGUUGGACACCCUGGAAGUCAUACAGCUGAAAACCAAGAUGCUAGACAGUCUGCUGGAGAUUGAAGUGGCCUACAGUCUCCUGAAGGCCAGCCAGGGAAACACUGCAAAGAGCCCCAUUGAUGCCAACUAUGAGAAGCUCAAAUGCCUCAUGGAGGUUGUCGACAAAGACAGUGACGAGUUUAAGAUGAUCGAGACAUACACCAAGAACACCCAUGGUGCCACACACAGUGCCUACAAACUCAAAGUGGAGGAGGUGUUCCGACUAGAUCGGGACGGGGAGAAGUCACGCUACAAACCCUUCCAGAAGCUACACAACCGCAUGCUGUUGUGGCACGGCUCCAGACUGUCCAACUUCUGUGGUAUCCUGUCUCAGGGUCUCCGUAUUGCCCCACCAGAGGCCCCUGCGACGGGCUACAUGUUUGGCAAGGGCGUCUACUUCGCCGACAUGGUGUCCAAAAGUGCCAACUACUGUUUCACCAACCGCAGCAACCCCACCGGCCUGAUGCUGCUGUGUGAGGUGGCUAUCGGUAACAUGCACGAGCUGACACACUCGUCCUACAUCACCCAGUUGCCCAGCGGGAAGCACAGCACAAAGGGUAUAGGCGGAACAUAUCCAGAUCCAGCCGGUCAAGUAAACCUGGAGAAUGGCACUAUCGUGCCUUCAGGGAUUGCAAGAUCUUCCUCUGUCUACUCUAGCCUGCUGUAUAAUGAAUACAUCGUGUAUGACGUGGCACAGAUCCGCAUGAAGUAUCUCAUCAAGAUGAAAUUUGUUUACAACUAAUUACUCCUGCUCACCAUCAAGACUUUUGGAUAUCUACCGGAGGUUAGGAGGCAGGCAGAUUUUCGUAGAACCACCUGAUGCCCUUUGCCUUUUAUUUCCCUGUGGUAUCAUAACUUCCAAAGCACCAGAGUCUUGUGCAGUCUUACAUUUCCGUGUUUUGAGUUUGUUUUAUUUUCUCAGUUGCAUGCUCAUGCUUGGAGGGAAAAGGAGGAAAUGAAACCUUGCUAAAUCUUGGGUUUGCCAGUGGCUUUUUUUUCUCUCCCACAACUGUUAAUGGUUUAGAGAAAUACUAUGGACUAAUUCAGUGUCUUGAUACUUACAGAUAUUGUCAGGGUUCAAAAUGUUGGCAGUUCACAUUGAUUCCAAUUUUGGAAGACUUCCCCAAGGCUCAAGGAAUUUCUUACUGGAUGUUAAAGUUGGAUCAUGAUAAAAGAACACAGCAACCUGCUUAGCUCAUGCAGGAGCUAGCUUUCCAUGCGUGUUUUGUUUUCUUGUAAACAUCUCACAACCGUGCAAAAGGCAAAUUUAUCAAAAUACUAUUUGUGUAGAUGAUGAAUAGGCAAACCUACUUAAUGGUAGUCAUACCAAGGGCAACUGAGGUGGCUCAGCAAUGCUCUCUACCGACCAUAAAAGGAAGAAUUGUGUGACCAUAUUUGGCAGCACAUUUCUUCAAAGUGCAUGGAAAUCAAACGUGAAACAGUACUUCUGAAUUCACUCGACAAAAACCUGUUUACCUUUGUGAAAAUUCUAAACUUUCAUAUAACAAUAAAAUCUUUAACUCCUAAGUUUUGUGCAGUGGUGUAUCCCGGUCUUGGGUCCAGGGGAAAAGUGGGAAUUUCACGCUGUAGAAGAAUCGACUCUCCAAAUUAUUUCAUCCGUAAAAGAAACCCGAUCCCCUCCAAGAAAGUUGAUAGGACUGUUUCUAAAGCAGCCACACUUCCAUUCGCUUAUAAAAUGCCCUGAUGCGGGGUAUGGGGGACGGAGUGGGAGUGGGGGUGGGGGUGGAGAAAACUCUCUUUUGGGGGAAGGGGUGCUAUUAAACUCUUUGCAGAGUAAUUGCAAGUUUGAAAUAUCAUCGCACAGCUGUUUUUCAAGAAUGAGACAUGAUCUUGUCCUGAUAUUUAAAAAGAUUAUAAAUGCACAAUAAUUCACAGUUUCAUAAAGUGGUUUUUUUAGAUUUAGCUGAAUGUCACAUUUUUACCUUCUGUUGCAUUUUGCCAUGUUUUAGUAUUGGUUUAAUUCUUGAAGCAGUUUCAUCCAUGUGAAGAGAUUGUGAACUUAUUUAAUCAAUGCCUUUGAUUAAAGAACAUGCACUAUAUUCGAAAUGUUGAUUCUGUAAAAAAAACAAAUGUAACAUGAGCUCUUUGGCUUCGCUGCGUGUUAAAUUUAAAAAUAGUAAGAGCUUGCAUAGGUUUCAGCAAGUAUUCAGGUAUCAGUGGUUAGGAGUCACAUUUAUUUUCUGCAGUGUUUCAUUCUUUUAAAGUAGUUUACUUUGAAAUAGGACAACUGGAAAAAAUUACUAGUCUUUGCUCUGGCCCACACACGGUCCCCCUUGGAAUGCAGCAGCAAUGGCUUUCUUGAAUUAGGAUAAUCCCAUUUGUUUGAGCUCUGUUUGAUUCCAUUCGCAUUCUUGCAACUAUUGCCAAGGUUUUCCAGAAAUCUGAAGAUCAAUCCAAGUCUAGACAUUGGCCUUUCUCGCCUGUCAUGAGUGUAAUUGGACUGGGUUUCUUUCUAGCUGGAAUUUGGCUGAAGGCCAAGACUGGAGUAAAACACAGCUAGCAUUGAUUUUAUUUUGAAUGUUUCGAAAUUUUCUAUAGGUAAGCCCAGUAUAUGUAAUCUUUUCUUCUGUUUAUGUUGUCUCAGUGUGCAUGCGCAUACAUUGACUAAAUUUUAAAUCAUAACACAAUCAUGUAGAAGCUCAUAAAUUCAUUAUUCAAACAGUGCUUGAAUCUUUGGUGAUAAGCUAAUGAAGUCCUUAAUGCAUACCUUAUAUGUGGCACAUUUUAAGCUGAACGUCAAAAUCCGUGCAUUGCACCAUUUCACUGCUGUGGCUGGAUUGAUGGAAUGAAAUGUCGACUUGAGACAUACCGUAUUACGUCCUCAUGUUUUAAUUUUACUUACUUAGGGCAAGCAGUUAACUCCAUCAGCCAGAGUACUUCAUUCAAAUAAAAAAGUACGUGCAUCAAACCUGUA